AUGCUAAUCCAGGAUUUGUGGCGUAGUGGCAGUGAUUGGGAUCAACCGAUCGACGACGAUUGCUGCGAUAAGUGGAAUCGGUGGAUCAGUCGACUUCCAGAGGUUGAGAACGUGAAGAUCCCACGCUACUACUUCCGAAGAUGCAGUUCCGUCGAUUAUAACUCCCUCCAACUCCAUGUUCUUGUCGAUGCCAGUCAAGACGCGGCCGUUGUGUUCCCUGGUGAUGGCGAGGUCGAAGGUCGCACCGUUGAAGAUGCUGUCAAUUCCACGUCUCGAGCUGCAGGCAGCAGUCGUAGGAUCCAGGCUAAUGAAUUCCGUGAUCGAGGCUCAUUCGUUGGACGUGAAGAAAAGGUUCAUCUGGUCCGAUUCAAGGACGGUGAUUUCGUGGAUUCAGUCGGAGCAGCGCCGAUACAAACCAUUCGUAGCCUUUCUGAAAUUCUGAGUCUCACGAAACACAGUGAGUGGCGGUGGAUCUCUACGAAGAGCAAUAUUGCCGAUGAUCUAACGAAGUGGAAGAAGGGAAGCAGUUUGGAUUCGAAUGGUCCAUGGUUCCAAGGCCCGCGAUUCCUGUAUCAGCCGGAAGAAGAAUGGACGCAGCAAGACAGCGUGGAGCCGAAUACCACAGAAGAAGUCCGAGCAUGUCAUCUGAUUCAUGAUGUCUCGAUAGCGGAGUCCGUGGUAGAUGCGACGCGUUUCUCGCGUUGGAAAGUUUUGGUCAGAACGGUAGCGUGCAUGUACCGGUUCACGUCCAAUUGCAUCAAAAAACGGGAAGGCUUGGCGAUUGAAACGGUGUCGGCACCAGCAAGGGUGCAACGAUUGGUGAAGCGGUCUGUACAAGCGGUGGUGGUUCCACUGAAGCGAGAGGAGUUUCAACGUGCUGAAGCCUACCUGUGGCGUUCUGCGCAGUCGGAGUUUUACGGGGAAGAAAUCCUGAUCCUGUUAAAAAACCGAGAGCUUCCGUACACCGAAUGGCAUCCGUUGGAGAAAAACAGCAGUCUGUACGACCUCAGCCCAUUCUUGGACGAGGAAGAUGUGCUACGAAUGGAGGGCAAAGCGGCUCAGGGUUCAUUUCUUCCAUUUGAACUCAGAUUCCCCAUCAUCUUGCCAAGAAAGCAUCAAAUCACGACCAGAUUGCUGGAGUACUAUCAUCAGCAAGCAGCUCAUGCGAAUUCGGAGACUGCUUGGCAAAGGCGUGCGUGCAGAGUGAGAAAGUGUAUUCCGAAAAUCCCGAGAAUGGCUCCACUUCCAUUGGCGCGAGUUACUCCAGGUUUCCAGCCCUUCAGCUUCACUGGCGUUGACUACUGUGGGCCAAUCAUUGUUACCGUUGGACGUCGAUCGGAAAAGCGGUGGAUUUGUCUCUUCACUUGCCUAGCAACGAGGGCAAUCCAUCUUGAGGUCGCUCAUAGCUUGUCCACUCAGUCGUGCCUGAUGGCCAUCCGACGUUUCGUUUGCCGAAGAGGCAAGCCGAUCGAGUUUUUCUCGGAUAACGGCACAAACUUCCAGGGCGCCAGCAAGCAAAUUAUGCAGAAGAUCGAAGGAGACUGCGAGGAAGAGUUGACGGAUUCCAGGACCCGCUGGAACUUCAAUCCUCCAAGUGCACCUCACAUGGGCGGUAUUUGGGAGCGGUUGGUUCGCUCGGUGAAAGCAGCGUUGGAGGUGCUCAACGACGGACGACGAUUGACGGACGAGGUGUUGCUGACUGUGUUGGCGGAGGCUUAA